ACAACGCCCACCAGGAGUGGGGGCGUUGUUGGGCUGGGGUAUGGGGCAGGAGGCACCCUUCGGAAUCUCUCCUCUCCGCCCUAACGCCAGGUUAAAAUAUUCAGCACCACGUGUCAUUUACAAACCUGCCGGCGACUGACCCCAGAGCUAGAGACCUCACUCGCGGGGAGCCAGCAUGUCAAGCCGAGGCUGGGGCAGGAAACUCUCCGACUUUGGACAGGAAACUAGCUAUAUUGAAGACAACUCUAAUCAAAAUGAUGCCAUAUCCCUGAUCUUCUCGCUCAAGGAAGAAGUUGGUGCACUGGCCAAAGUCUUGCGCUUAUUUGAGGAGAAUGAUAUAAAUCUGACCCACAUCGAAUCCAGACCUUCACGUUUAAAAAAAGAUGAGUAUGAGUUUUUCACUUUUCUGGAUGAACAUAGCAUUCCUGCUCUGGCAAACAUCAUCAAGAUCUUGAGGCAUGACAUUGGCGCCACCGUCCAUGAGCUUUCCCGAGACAAGAAGAAAGACACAGUGCCCUGGUUCCCCAGAACCAUUCAAGAACUCGACAGGUUUGCCAAUCAGAUUCUCAGCUAUGGAGCAGAACUGGAUGCAGAUCACCCUGGUUUUAAAGAUCCUGUGUACCGAGCAAGGCGAAAACAGUUUGCUGACAUUGCCUACAACUACCGACAUGGGCAGCCCAUCCCUCAAGUGGAGUAUACAGAGGAAGAGAAGAAAACAUGGGGGACCGUGUUCAGGACCCUGAAGUCCUUAUAUAAAACCCAUGCUUGCUAUGAGCACAAUCACAUUUUCCCGCUUCUGGAAAAGUACUGUGGCUUCUGUGAAGAUAGCAUUCCCCAGCUGGAGACUGUUUCUCAAUUUCUACAAAGUUGUACUGGUUUCCGCCUCCGACCUGUGGCUGGCCUGCUCUCCUCUCGGGAUUUCUUGGGGGGCCUGGCCUUCCGAGUCUUCCACUGCACGCAGUACAUCAGACAUGGAUCCAAGCCCAUGUAUACACCUGAACCUGAUAUCUGCCAUGAGCUCUUGGGACAUGUGCCCUUGUUUUCAGACCGCAGCUUUGCCCAGUUUUCCCAGGAAAUCGGCCUGGCUUCUCUGGGUGCACCUGAUGAGUACAUUGAGAAACUUGCCACGAUUUACUGGUUUACCAUCGAGUUUGGUCUCUGCAAACAAGGAGACUCCAUAAAAGCAUAUGGCGCUGGGCUCCUGUCAUCCUUUGGUGAAUUACAGUACUGCUUAUCCGACAAGCCAAAGCUCCUUCCCCUGGAACUGGAGAAGACAGCGGUCCAGGAGUACACUGUCACAGAGUUCCAGCCCCUGUAUUACGUGGCUGAGAGCUUUAAUGAUGCCAAGGAGAAAGUGAGGAACUUUGCUGCCAGUAUCCCACGGCCCUUCUCAGUUCGCUAUGACCCGUAUACACAAAGGAUUGAGGUCUUGGAAAGUACACAGCAGCUUAAGAUUUUGGCUGACUCCAUCAACAGUGAAGUUGGAAUCCUUUGCAGUGCCCUCCAGAAAAUAAAGUGAAGCCAUUGGCAGUACCUAGUCUGUCAGCUGACAAAUCUGUUGAUGGAAAUCCACUACUUCUUUCAUUUCAUUUGAAAAUAUCUGAAAAGACAAACUUUAAUCUAAAAUGACAGGCGUAAAUCCUUUUUGAAAUAAGAUGGAGGAUAAACAAAUCAAAAUAAUCUGAAAUAACUACACACUACUACAUACACGAAAAUGUAAUGGUGUAUCUUUUGGGAUCAUCUUUGAUAGAAAGAUAAUAAUUUCAUGCAUUCAAUUGGGUUAAAAUCAAUAAUCUGUCACUUUGGUCAAAAUUAAUUAAAAUUUUGGACCUGCUUCACUCAAGCUUCACAUAUAGGUUUGUUGUUUGCUAUAGAGAACCCUAAAGGAGAAUACAUGGUUAAAUGUAAAACACAAGGCUGUCAUUAGAAUUUAGUUUUCAAAUUUAAUAUAAAUAUUAACUGACAAAAUUCAUUUUCUAUUUGGGUUAACUAUGAUUCCAAUUACUGCUUUGUUAUUUUGCUUGCAUAGACUUCCUUUAAUUCAGGAGUCCAUUAAAAUAGUUACAAACAUUAAAUUCUAUAGUAUUAUAUGCAAAAUCUUCCUGUAAGUUUUAUUGUAAUUAUAAAUAGUGCUGUGGAAAGUAAUGAAAGCCCCUACCUGACCCACGCAACCUCUGGUAUCAUUUUCCAAUGAAUUCUCAAGUUGUUUUGAAGUCCUUUAUGAUGCAAAAGAUGUUGUAAUUCGGGGACUCGCUGGUAGCCAUACAGUAAAUAUUUAUUUAAUGGAUAAGUGACUACAUUAUUGAAUAACAAAUCCACAGCAAAAGUGAGAAUUUUAAUUAUAUUAAACAUCUUAAAUGGUUACAAAAUUUAUCAAUUUCAAAUAUUCCUUGAAAUAAAAUAUGAUUUUGGAGUGUGUCUUCUCAUUGUCAUAGAAAUACAUUAGCUGGAUAAUCUUGUGACCUAAAAGAAAGAUCAGAGGCUCAAAUUUCCAGCCCAUUGUAGGGGUUCAUUGUGAUUAUCAAAGUCGUGUCUGCACUUGACUUUGACUCUUGUGGUUGUGCAUUUUACAUGAAUCUAUGAAUAUAUGAGAGUUGGAUAUGAGAAGAUUAAAAUAGUCUUUAAAGGCAUGUUUUCAAAUCCUCCCACCGCUUUAACAUUUUUAUUUAAAAAAAAACAAAGCCUUAAAGGUUUUGCAUGGUAUUUCUUCAACUGUAGUUCUCAGACCAGCUGUUAUCAUCAUCAACAGGAAAUUGAAUAAAAAGCAGAUUCUACCUGUUAGCAUCUCUGGGAAUGGGGCCCAGAAACCUGCAUUUUUAGGUAUCUAGGUGAUUUUUUUAUACACAGCCAAAACUACUGGCACAUUAAAUUUGAGAAACUCUGACUUCUGGUGGUCAGUUACAUCACUUACCAACUGCAUCACCUUGGAGAAGUCACUUCCUUUCCUUGAAUCUCAUUUUUACUUUGUAACAAUAAGGGUGUCAGGCUGGAUAUGGUGGGUCAGAGUUAUGCCCCCCAGAAAAACAUGUUCUUAAUCCUAUCCGUUCCUGUGGGUGUGAACCCAUUGUAAGUAGGACCUUUUGAUGAGUUUACUUCAGUUAACGUGUGGCCCAAAUGAAUCAGGAUGGCUCUUGAUCCUAACACUGGGGACCUAAUAGAGAAGGUCAUGAAGAGAGAAGCCACAGGAAAACAGCCAGAAGUUGAAAGUCAACAGAACCUGGAAGAGAAAGAAGAUGCUGCCAUGGGCAUUGUCAUGUGACAGAAAUGCCAAGGAGCCCCAAGGCUUGCAGGCCAGAAGACACUGACUCCAGGAGGAAGCAAGCCUUCUAGCCUCUGAAACCAUGAGCCAGCAAAUUCCUGUUGUUAAAUCAACCUGUUGUAUGGUAUUUGUUUUAGCAACUGGGAAAAUAAAACACUGCAUAAAUCAAGUUCCCUUCCAGCCCUAAGAUAUGCUUCAAAUGCUUAUAUGUGUCUUUAAACUUCUGUUCCUGAUGAGCUAAUGUGGUGUAAUAAUAAUAUUUGACUAAGCAUGUCAGCCAGGAGAAAAGAGCAAUUUGUUCUGAAUGAGUUUCUUUUGUUGUUCUGAAGUUGGGAUUUUGUUGCCUGUGUUGUCUGUUUUCUUAUGUCUUUGUAGAACCUAAUGACAGACACUGAUGUUCACUAGAAGAGGAAAUGGAUGGUUUCUCUGAUAUUCCCCUAGACCAUAAACAUUUCUGCAAAGGGGCUAUUUUGAUAAAUGUUUCUUUACUUCACAUUAAUUAGAAAAUCUAUUGGCUUUGGAACUUAAAUAUUACAGUAUUUUAGACUGAAUAUUUCAUUGCAUAGUGAAUUUUGCUCCUUCUGAAAAUGUAUUAAUGUGUUGUAAGUUAAGUUCAGGUUUAGUUUGAGGUUUUCACAGGAAGAAAUAACACAUUGACUGAAAGAUAAUCUUUAAAUUUUUGUUAAUGUGCUACUCAGCAGUUAACUCUUUUUAUCUAGAUAUAAAAGUCCAGUCUACAGGGAUUUAGUAAAUUUCCAAUAUGUUAGUAUUAUUAUCUGUUUAAUAUCUAGUAAGUGGGUAGUCUUUUAGAAAAAAGAGUAACAUUUUCUGCUAUAUCCAAACAAAAGAAAUUCAUGUUAAGAACAUUACAAAUGUGUAAGCAUUAAUAUUUAAUAAGUUUCUGGAAGGGGUAAUUUAAUUUUAUUUCUAGUUUUCCAAGUUGUCUGUUUUAGUUUUGCAUCAGAGAAUAUAUGAUUAAAAUGUCAGCUUCAAUAAAAACAGCGACCUUGUCCAUCUUCUUCAUUUCUGAAACCCUUAGUACCUAGCAAGCAGUAGGUGCUCCAUAUUUUUUUUUUUUAAUUUCUGAGUAGGUUCAAUCACAGGGACUGUAGUGAAGAUUUUCUCUCAGAAAUGAGCAAUUUUACAACAAAAAUUUGAGAAACAAUUAAAUUUUCAAUUUCCCUUUUCUAUGAAAAACUACUGAAAAAAUUACUUCCUAGUCCAAGCUAUGAUUUUUUUAAAGAAUGAUAUUACCCCUUGAACUGUAUCCAGUUUUGACUAGAUUAUGGCUAGUUGGUUUGGAUUUACACUGCUUGUAUAAGAAUUGACAGAUGGGAAGUGCUUAAUAAAUGCUUAUUAAUGGAUAAAGGAAACAAAAUUGCAUCACUGAAAUUUCACAGUUGUCCUUACUGGGGCUAAAAUGGUCAGAAAGCAAUGAAUGACUUGACUAACAAUUGCAAAAAUUACAGAGGAGACAAAAUAGGAAUGCCUAUAAAAAUGCAAAAGAGAGAAAAAAAAAGUGUGAUCAAAGCUUUCUCUUACCAGUGGAGUGCACACACACACAUACAAAAACACACACAUAUGGUCAUUGUCUUUUAACAGAUUUCCUGGGCAGUUUCAGAAACUAUAAACAUUAAUAGAUUUUAUAUGUAAUACAAAUUGCUCUACUAGCUGUGAAUUUUCAUCUCAUUUAUAAUCUUUCAACUCUGCCAGCUUCAAGGCACAGUUUACCUUCUUCUCUGUAGUACACACAAUUCCUUUGAAGAAAGAGCUCAGAGUAAUAAGCAAUUGAAGAGAAAAUUGUUUCUAGCCUCCCAGUGUAUAGAUAACUCUAUAACAUUAUUCAUAACUGUUCAGCAUUACUCUUUAACAGAACUUGUUUUGUAUGUUUCUUGCACAUUACUUCUAUUAUAACAGCAAUCUCUAAAUAAUGAAAAAUUCACAAAAAUGCCAAGAAGAUGUGCUUUUCUGAAAGAUGGAUUUCUAAUAUCUCCAAACAGAAGAAGUUAUGGCAGAAAGGAAAAAAAAAAAAAAAAGCCUGUUUGAUUUCUAGUUU